GCGAGAAAUGGGCAACAUUGAGGUAACGCCGGCGGAACCGUCAUUGUCGGACAACGACAGCAACGCGGACAACGAUUCGAACGGGUCGUCCACCACCGAUGUCUUAACGCCGUGUGCGCACGCGAACGAAGACGAAGACGACGACGACGACCGCGACGACGAUGACGGCGGCGGCGGCCGCCGAGAGGACAUCGACAACGGUGGCGACGACAACGACGACGACCACGACCGUCGCCGCCGACCGGACGUCGAAAAUCGGAAGACGAAUCGUUCGAACCGGACGACGACAAAUCGCUCGAACCGGACGACGACAAAUCGCUCGAACCGGACGACGACGGAUCAACGGCGGCAGACGACGACGGCCGCUGGUCGGCGAAAGGCCGCGGUCGCGAGGCGGAACAGAUCGAGAGCGGCCGCGAGCGAAGUCGGCCGCGGCGAACAGUCGUCGUGGACGGUCGUAGUCGACGACGUCGCGGAAUCGUCGUCGGCGGCCGCCGGACGUAGGACGCGGCUGAGCCGAUCACCGCGGUCGACCCGAAACCGGUCGCGGUCAGCGUCUUCGCCGGCCCGGCAAGACGAUCGCAGAGGACCGGGCCAACGCCGUCCGUCGGCGAGCCCGGUCGAGCCAGUCGUCACGAUGGCGGCCGCGAGACGAGUUACGCCGCGGGCCGCGGGACGAGUCACGCCGCGAGCCGUGGGACGAGUCACGCCGCGGGCCGUGGGACGAGUCACGCCGCGGACCGUGGAAAGAGUUACACCGAGGGCCGUGGAAAGAGUCACGCCGCGGGCCGUGGAAAGAGUCACGCCGAGGGCCGUGGAAAGAGUUAUGCCGAGGGCCGUGGAACGAGCUGUGCCGCGUAUCGUGGGACGACCAGUGUCGUGGCCGACGGAACGGUCGGCGGCGCCAAAACCUCAGCACUACCCUCGCAGGUCCACGAGAACGACGGCCGGCCAGAGCAGGAGGAGGAGUUAA